GUUUUAUAUUUGACAGGCAGCGAUAAGUAUUGUAUCGCAUCAAACACUAUUGAUUUUUCGUCGAAUCAAGAGCUCGAGCCUGUGCCUAAAAUCAGCUUUUAAAGCUAAACGUUACUCGCUAGCAUCAAAUUCAUUGUUGACGUUCACCAUAGGUCUUGCCGAGACUGCCGUUCUGGAUAUUAUGGCUGCUAAUUUGCAACAGCAGCGCACCAUCAAUGAGCAACUGCGUCGGGAGGCGGGCAUACCCCGCAUUCAGGUCUCUGAGGCAUGUAAUGCCAUGAUGAAGUAUAUGAUAGAUCACGAAUCGGAUGAUUGUCUGCUGAGCGGUUUUACCAGUCAAAAGGUGAAUCCGUUUCGCGAGAAGAAUUCUUGUAGCAUUUUAUAAGCUCAAUUUUGAAUAGGUACACAAGUUCCUAGCAGUAUUCAUAAUAUGUAGACAUAAAUAUUGUUUACGUUUUCGCGGCGAACUCUAAUAGACUAGAACAACAACAACAACAACAACAGCAAAAUCUAUAAAUGCAUGCAUAUGUGUAUAAUCUUUGAUGUUUCUUGUAAAUGUAUGCUGACCUCAAUUAUGUCUAUAAACUGAACACAUAUACAUAAA